AUGGCAGACAGGGUUAAUUCUGAUGACAGAAACCCUUUAAGACUCAUCUCGUGUGUUCUCCUCCACACACACAUAAAGCUUUGUGCUUGGUGUCAUCACAACUGCAUUAUAAAUAGACCUGGUGACGUCACCGCGCCUCCGUUGUAUCCUGUGCUGCAAGCCUUGCAUUCCCCUCCCUGUCACUGGGGAGUCACCGGCUGAUUGCUUGCCAGGUCUCCAUGGUAACUCCUCUCCCGGCUGUAAACACAUCCAGCCCGGGGUGCAUUGCUCUGCCUUUCUGUGCUGUGUGACAACCAUGGACGCCUCUGAAGACAGUGACUUCUCUCUGAAGGAGCAGGUCAGGCAGCUGAGCAACGAGAAUGUUCAGCUGCAGGAUCGCAACGAGAGACUGUACGCCAAGCUGACCGAACUGCAGGACAAGAUGGGGAAACUAGCUGGGUCCAAGACGGAUCUGUCGUCACGACUGGUGAUGAGCGAGGAGGAGAAGCUGAAGAUUUCUAAGGAGUUGAUAGAACUUCAGAUUGAAACCAACAAGAUCAGGGAGCACUACGAGGCCGAGAUUUUUGAACUCAAGAACAUAAUCUUGACACUGGAGAACAGAAUGAUGACCGUAGAACUUCAUAAGGAGAAGUUAUCUGGAGAGUACGAGGCCUUGAAGGAACGUCUCCGAUCUGUGGAGGUGAACCGUAAGGACCUGGCUGACGAGUACAUCGUUUUAAAGAGUAAUUACCUGGCACUGAGCAAAGAGCAUGAGCGUGAGGUUGCCAAAAAUGAUGAGCUGAGCAUGGAGCUUCUCAAUCUGGUCAACCGAGAGCGAAAUGAUGCCUACACGCAGUCUCAAGCUCUGGUCAAUGAGGCCACGUCAGAGCUGGACAGGGUGCGAGCCAUGGUCAACCGCAUGUCAGCGCGAAAUAUCAAGCCUGAAGAGCUGGUGGCCUCAGAGCAUGAACGGAAAAAACUAGAAAGAAACCUUCUUGGGAACCAAGAUGAAAUCAAGGAAGAGAUUCAAAGCAUGAAGAAAAUCCACGACACCCAGCAGCAGAAGUUAGAGGAGCGAGUCAUUGCCAUGGGUAAGGAGCUCCAAGAGGCGAAAAGAGGCAUCCGCAACACUCAGCACAAGAUGGCCGAACAGUCUGCAGUUCUCUUGACAUCUCAGAGUCAGCUGAAGGAAAUUGAAGCUGAAAACUCUCGUCUCCAGAUGCAGCUGAAGGAGCUCAAUGAGGAGUAUCGAUCAAGGCUCAACCACUAUAUUCAGGAUCUAGCUGAUUACGUGGAUGGGAAUCUGAAGAGUGGAACAGGAGGUAAAUUGGAGCCGGCUCGCAUGAAGCAAUAUGUGGACAACAUGCUUGGUGACAUCAAAGCUUCUCACAGGUCUAGGGAGGAGCAGCUGGCGACGGCGGCGCGGCAGUACAAGAAGAGGAUGCAGAACCUCCUCAAGAAACAUGAGAACCUGAUGAUUGCAUACCGAAUGCAGAGGGAGCAGAUCCUGGCUUUGGGGGACAGUGACGUUGACCCCGGCCCCCCCGAACAUCAUUUCUCUAUCACCGACCCCGAUCUACAGUCUCAGUCGUCCCUGGAGUUAAACCGACUGAGAGAGGACAAGGCCCGGCUGGAGUCACAGAUCCAGGAUCUGAAGGAGAAGAGAAGAAUAAAUGACAAUGCCGUAUUCAAUCAAAAACAACGCAACCAGAUGAGCGAGGAGAACUGGGCAGAGAUCAGGAAGCAACUGAGAGAGUUCACCCACAACACACAGGAGGACUUGGAGAAGGAAAGGAGUCAGCUGCUGGCGAGAGCAGUGGUAGCGGAGGAGCAGGUAGCGGAGCUGCAGGAGUAUGUGGAUAAGCACUUGGGAAGAUAUAAACAGGAAAUCAUGCGGCUGCGGAAGCUGAUGGGCAGCGACGGUCAGAGGGCCUUCAGCGCUGACGCUCCUCAGUCACUGCACAUCAGGGCUCUGAGGAAGAGCAGCCAUGAGAUGUGAUCCCCCUCUACAGGCUGUCAGUGGUACUGCGUGCCGGACUCUUCACAGACUGUAUGACCUAUGGAAGGUCUCCGGCUGUAAUCUGGGGUCGGAGGACCUCUCUGUCAUUGACUUUAUUAACGACCAUAUUAUAGUCAGAAAUAUUUAUUUUUACAAAAAA